AUGACCAUUUCAUAUUCCGGUAAUUUUUGUCGGCUCCUUUUAAGAUGGAAAGGUUCUAUUUGGAGAUCGGUCUGGAGAGAACUAGCUCUUUUCCUAUUUUUGUUUUACUCAAUUCGAAUGAUCAGUCCUCGAUUCUUCGAUUGGGUCGACCCAAAAGACGAAUUCAAUUACAGAAAAAUCUACAAAGUAUUCUGCCAUGAGUUCAACGAAUACACUAAAAUGAUCCCAUUGACAUUUCUUCUUGGAUUUUAUGUUUCUAACGUUGUCUCCAGGUGGUGGAGGCAAUUUGAAUGCCUAAAAUGGCCGGAAGACAUGCUCUCAGCGCUUUGCCUUCUGCUUCCAAGUGAGGAAUCUCGUCCAGCUCGACACCAAAUUGCUAGAUACUUGAAUUUGACGUCAGCGCUUGCUUGGCGUGAUGUCUCCACCAAAAUAAGGCUCCGGUUUCCAACCCUUCGCAAUAUAAUUGAUGCUGGUUUGUUGACUGAAAGGGAAUACGAAAAAUUACAGGAUAUAAAUGAACCAUCGCCUGGUAUACGGUGGUUGACACCUUUGCAUUGGAUCCAGCGUUUAAUCGAUGCCGAGUUAUCAGCUGGUCGAGGUGCCCCACAAUACGUGACUACUGUAGUCGCAGAGCUCAAGGCCUUCCGAUCUUCAUUCCGAAAAUUAUAUUGUCAUGAUUGGGUUUGUGUUCCUCUUGUCUACACACAAGUUGCUGCCAUUGCAACAUAUUCCUAUUUCUUCUUCUGCCUGUUCGGCAGGCAGGAUGUCAAUUUGGAGGACCAUUAUUCACUUGACGCCUUUUUUCCAUUGUUCACAGUUGUUCAAUUUUUAUUCUUCGUCGGAUGGUUCAAAGUUGGUCAAGAUUUAAUGCGACCUUUUGGUCUCGACGACGAUGAUUUCGAGCUUUCUUACAUUUUGGAUAGAAAUAUUGUAACAUCUUUUACUAUCGUCGAUACCUUACAAGGAGAUAAGCCCCCAAUUUUCGAGGAAGAUUGCUUCUGGAAGCACCACAGCGAACAGCAAUAUGGAAUUAAAUCGGUCAGGAACUCGAGCUUGAAAUGGGGAAGAAUUGAUUUAAGUCGAAAUGCACAUAAGCAUCCGCCGAAACUUCAUACAUAUUUGGAAAUGAAAGGACUUGACAACGAAGAAUACAAAAAUCGAAAAAUGAACAAGUUCAUCGCCUGGUAA